CUCUCUUCCAUCUCCAUAUGCAACACCUUCUUCACCAAUCUCCUUCUCUCUCUCUCUCUCUCUAGAUCAGCCAUGGCUGUUGCAGGUUGUUCUAUGGACAUGCAUCUCACUUCAUCUCCAUACAUCACAAUCCCACCACUCCACAAAUUCACAAGAAAAUUAAAUCGCUCGUUUCGGAUUAACGCGUCUUCGGCCUCUGGAGAGGCCGAAGACGUGAAGUUGACAGUGAACAAGGAUACAACGAGUAGGAAAAUAGAUUUCUCGGGCGAGAAACCCAAGACACCAUUGCUUGACACCAUAAAUUAUCCUGUCCACAUGAAAAACCUCUCCACAAAGGAUCUAGAACAGUUGGCAGCCGAACUGCGAGUUGAUAUAGUGUAUUCAGUGGCGAAUACAGGUGGGCAUUUGAGUUCAAGUUUAGGAGUCGUGGAAUUGGCUGUGGCUUUGCACCAUGUUUUCAACACCCCAGAGGAUAGGAUCAUAUGGGAUGUUGGUCACCAGGCAUACCCACAUAAGAUUCUGACAGGGAGAAGGUCAAAGAUGCACACCAUGAGGAAAACAUCAGGGUUAGCUGGUUUUCCUAAAAGAGAUGAGAGUGUUCAUGAUGCUUUUGGUGCAGGACAUAGUUCCACAAGCAUCUCUGCCGGCCUAGGUAUGGCUGUCGGAAGAGAUUUAUUAGGGAAGAACAACAAUGUGAUAUCAGUUAUUGGAGAUGGCGCAAUGACGGCAGGACAAGCAUACGAGGCCAUGAAUAAUGCAGGCUUCCUUGAUGCGAAUCUAAUCGUUGUGUUAAACGAUAACAAGCAAGUUUCAUUACCUACAGCCACCUUGGACGGACCAGCAACCCCCGUCGGAGCUCUCAGUAGCGCGUUAUCCAAAUUGCAAGCCAGUACCAAGUUUCGUAAGCUUCGUGAAGCUGCCAAGAGCAUCACUAAGCAAAUAGGACCUCAAGCUCAUGAAGUGGCUGCAAAAGUUGAUGAAUAUGCGAGGGGUAUGAUUAGUGCUAGCGGGUCAACUUUAUUCGAAGAGCUUGGUUUAUACUACAUUGGUCCAGUUGAUGGUCACAAUAUUGAAGAUUUAGUGUCUAUUUUCGAGAAAGUGAAGUCGAUGCCAGCCCCUGGACCUGUUUUGAUUCAUAUCGUGACUGAAAAAGGGAAGGGUUACCCUCCCGCUGAGGCAGCUGCUGAUAGAAUGCAUGGAGUUGUGAAGUUUGAUGUUGCGACGGGAAAACAGUUUAAGACAAAAUCCCCCACACUCUCGUAUACUCAGUACUUUGCAGAAGCACUUAUAAAAGAAGCCGAGGUAGAUAACAAGAUUGUAGCUAUACAUGCAGCCAUGGGAGGCGGGACCGGACUUAAUUACUUCCAGAAGAGGUUUCCUGAACGUUGUUUUGACGUUGGCAUCGCCGAACAACAUGCAGUUACUUUUGCAGCCGGUUUGGCAGUCGAAGGUCUUAAGCCAUUUUGUGCCAUCUAUUCGUCGUUUUUACAACGAGGCUAUGAUCAAGUGGUGCAUGAUGUUGAUCUUCAGAAGUUACCAGUUAGAUUUGCGAUGGAUAGAGCGGGUUUAGUUGGGGCAGAUGGACCGACGCAUUGUGGAGCAUUUGACAUAACCUACAUGGCGUGCCUGCCAAACAUGGUAGUGAUGGCUCCAUCAGACGAAGCCGAACUGACUCACAUGGUUGCCACGGCUGCAGCCAUUGACGACAGGCCGAGUUGCUUUAGAUUCCCAAGAGGAAACGGCAUUGGAGUAGAGCUUCCUCCUUUUAACAAAGGAGUUCCCAUUGAGGUCGGUAAGGGAAGAGUCCUACUUGAAGGAACUAGAGUUGCAAUACUGGGAUAUGGUUCCAUAGUUCAAGAAUGUCUAGGUGCAGCUACAUUGCUUCAAGAACAUAACGUGUCUGCAACAGUAGCCGAUGCCCGGUUUUGCAAGCCGUUAGAUGUAGAACUAAUCAGAAGAUUAGCCAACGAGCACGAAAUCUUACUGACAGUAGAGGAAGGCUCGGUUGGUGGUUUUGGAUCACACGUCGCUCACUUUCUGAGCUUAAAUGGUCUUUUAGACGGAAAACUCAAGCUUAGAGCAAUGACUCUACCUGAUAGAUAUAUUGAUCAUGGAGCGCCGCGAGAUCAGCUUGAAGAAGCCGGUCUUUCUUCGAAACAUAUUUGUUCAACACUUUUAUCGCUCUUGGGAAAGCCUAAAGAAGCACUCCAGUACAAGUCAGUAAUGUAAGCAGCGAAUGGAGGAUUAGUAUUGGCUUCAGAAUAUAUAUAUAUAUAUAUAUAUAUAUAUAUAUAUAUAUAUAUAUAUAUAUAUAUAUAUAUAUAUAUAUAUAUAUAUAUAUAUUUACAUGCAUAUGUAUGUGUGUGUGUGUGUAUGCAUAUUUCUAUAUAUAUUGUUCAUGAAUUUUUAAAAUGUAAUAAAAUGUUUCAGCA